AUGGAACUCUUUCACAAGCUUCCAAGUGGUAAAAAUGUAUUAGCAGAGCUGCCAAGACGAUUUAGACGAGAAAAGAAAGAAGGGGGGAAAAACCUUGACAAGAUUAGCAGCCCAUUGGAUGCCGAGUCUACAUUUCACACCGAGGCUCGACGCCUCCCCUGGGCAUGUCUUUGGAUGGCAUCCAGGACCCCUCAUUAUCCCCCUCUCGGCCACCGAUGA